AAAAAACAUCCUAUGGUAAAAGGCUGCCGUUUUAUUAAAGUACUGUACAUACUGAUCUGACGGAUUAUUCAUCCCAUUCACAGAUGUUCCGUGAACGCAUCAAAUUCCAUUUGAGGAAGUAAGAGGCGAAUUAAAAUAUACUUUAUUGACUUCUGGAAUCUUUGCUACCUUCAGCGCCUCCUGUAACACGUACGGGUUCAGCACAACGAGGACCCGCUCUCUCAAAGCAUUCAAGAAAACACGAGCGCCGGGCUGAGUCAUGGCCGCCGUUCAGAUCCGGAGGUUCCGGGACGACGACGCCGAGGCGGUGAAGGAGAUCUUCACGCUGGGGAUGAGCGAGCACGUGCCCUCGUCCUUCCUGCACCUCCUGAAGCAGCCGCCCACCCAGAUGCUGCUCAUGUGCGUCUUCUGCGCUCUCAUGACCAGCUCCAGGUCCUUCCUGCUGCCCGUCCUCGCCGUCACCCUCCUGCUGGCCGGCGCCCGGCAGCUCGUGGCCUACAUCUUCAACAGCUACAUCGACGCCUCCCUCCGGAUGGACCUCAACGACAUCGGCGGCGUCUACAUGCGGGCGAGGGACAGCUGCUUCUGGGUGGCCGAGGUGGACGGCCGGGUGGUGGGCACGGCGGCCUGCCUCCCCAACCAGGACGCGCCCGCCUGCCUGGAGUUGAAGCGCAUGUCCGUCCGCCGCAGCCACCGGGGCGCGGGCAUCGCCACGGCCCUGUGCCGCACCGUGGCCGACUUCACGCGGGACCGGGGCUACGCGGCGGUCGUCCUGUUCACCUCCGUGGUGCAGACGGACGCCCAGCGGCUGUACGAGCGCCUGGGCUACGAGAAGACCCGAGAGUUCGUGGUUCCGGAGCUGGCCGCCAAGAUCACAAACUUCACCCUGUUUGAAUACAGGCUCGAUCUGCAGAAAGGGGGGAAGAGCGAGUGAGAGACACGCAAAGGACGGUGCGAGACAUUUCUGCUGUUCAUUCGUCCGGUUUUCUGUGCUUAUGCUUUUCCCAGCAUGCAUUGCGCUUAAGGCAAGCAGACACUUCACACGAGGGACCACACACACACACACACACACACUUGAAAGUGAGAAGGUCAGGUUUGGUUACUCUACUAACACAAUAACUCCUUUGCAGUUAAGAGGAAUAUCUGCUAUGGCUGAAGUCUGUUUGUGAUGACUGAGCUGCUUCAAAGUGAAGCGUAAGUGUGUAAACGAUUUCUUUUCUAAAUUACACUUAAAUGAAUCUGAACUUGCUCUUAUGAUUUCGUAGCAUUCUUUUAUUUUGUAUUUUCUAAAUUCUCUAAAUGAGCGGAUCAUGACGCGAUGAAUCCACAUUAAACAGUUUUGUCAAUGUCAUCA